AUGUUUACCUGUCGCCUGCCUUGGUGGAGAUUCAGUGCUACCUGCAAGCUGUGGCAGUCGGGUCGCUUUCUGCCCCGCGUCUGGGAGAGGUGCCAACCGCCGAGUGGCAAAGGAAUCAACACGACCGUGGGGCAGGGGCAGCAGGUCGGCGCGCAGGAGAAACAAGUAUUAGAAGAUCUGGAAAUGCCCCUUGCAAGGAGAGAAACUGAGACCCUCUUCCAAGAGCAGCCCGAGACUGGGAACCAGUAUCUGGAAGAUGCUUUGCUUCGGAGUUACUUGAAAACGCACCUUCCUCCCAAGGUACUGGAGGAGGUGAAUCAGGACCUGGAGAGAUUUGGAAACCGUCUGCAAACCAAGAUCAGACCUCUAGGAUGGGAAUGCGAGUUGAACCCCCCUGUGUUUCGGCAGUAUGAUGCCUGGGGGCAGCGGGUGGAUCAGAUUGUCACCUGCUCAGCCUGGAGGAAGAUGAAGGAGAUUUCGGCAGAAGAGGGGCUCAUUGCUGAGGCCUAUGAGAGAAGAUACUCCAACUGGAGCCGUCUGUAUCAGGCUGUCAAACUCUACUUAUUUUCAAGCUGCUCUGGAGGUUUCAACUGUCCACUGGCCAUGACUGAUGGGGCAGCCAAAGUCAUUGAGUCACUAGGUAUUCCUGGAUCUCUGAAAAACGCUUUUGACCAUCUGACAUCCCGUGACCCCAAGAAGUUCUGGACCUCUGGCCAGUGGAUGACCGAGCGCAGAGGAGGCUCUGAUGUUGCUAACGGCACCGAGACAGUGGCCAGAAAGCAGCCAGAUGGUACAUAUCGUCUCUAUGGUUUUAAAUGGUUUACAUCAGCUGCUGAUUCUGAUAUGACAUUAACCCUGGCCAGGAUAGCGGAUGCUGAAGGACGUGUAAAACAGGGUUCCAGCGGCCUGUCCCUGUUUUUCGUGAAGGUUCGAGAUGAGGAGGGGAAGCUGAACAGCAUCCAAGUGCAAAGGCUGAAAGACAAGUUGGGCACGCGGCAGAUGGCAACAGCAGAGCUAUGGCUCGAUGGAGCUAAAGCAGAGCUAAUCUCUGCAGAGGGUCGUGGAGUGGCCUCCAUCUCCAACAUGCUGAACAUAACUCGGAUCCACAAUGUCAUUGGUGCAGUGGCUUCCAUGAGAAGGAUGAUCAGUCUGAGCAGGGAGUACGCACGUAGGCGGGUUGCCUUUGGGAAGCUCCUCAAGGACCAUCCCCUACACAUGCAGACGAUAGCCCGGAUGGAGGUGCAGACGCGAGGGGCGUUUCUUCUGCUUAUGGAGACCGUUCGGCUGCUUGGACUUGCAGAAACCAACAUGGCGAGUGAGCAAGACCAGCUUCUCUUGAGGCUGCUGAUACCAGUCGCCAAACUGUACACUGGGAAGCAGGCUUCUGCUGUUGCUGUUGAGGCAAUGGAGAGUUUUGGAGGACAAGGCUACAUGGAGGACACAGGCUUGCCAGUCAUACUCCGCGAUACUCUGGUGCUGUCCAUAUGGGAGGGAACAACAAAUAUCCUCUCACUUGAUGUCCUGCGAUCCCUCACCAAGAGUCAAGGACAGGUGAUGGCUGUGUUCUUCUCUACAGUGCAGAAAAAACUGGAGCUGGCUUCGAGCACUGUGAAACUGGAACCCGCCGUGAAGCAAACGCGGGAUGCCAUCAGCAGUCUCGCACGGUUCAUGCAAGCCGCUGGUUCAAGGGGAGCGUUGACCAUGGAGCUCGCAGCAAGAGACUUCUCCUACACCCUCGCAAGGAUCUAUACAGGGGCUCUUUUAAUUGAACACGCAGCUCGGCCUGACGCCUCCUCCACAGACAUCUCUGCUGCUCGAAGGUGGUGCAACCAGGAGCUGUGCCCUGUGGCCACGGAGCUGGACAACAGCAGCUACGAAGCUGAGGAAGCGCUCACGGACAGCGCGCUGGUGUACGAGGGCAGCCCUGCCUCUGGCAGCAGGCUCUGA